UCUGUACUUAUAUCAACCACUUCAUUAUUGUAGUUUUAAAGUAUUAAAAAUGACUGAACAUAGUUGGUUUCAUGAUUAUUGUAUAAAAACGACUUCUCAUUGUAUGAAGUAUUUUGUGAUGAAGGACAGAUCACCGGUAGAAAAAUUGCUUUGGAUUCUGACGUUUCUUUGUAUGAUAUCCAUUACAUUUGGAGCUCUGAAAGUCUUGAUUUACAUUUGGAUUGAUAGUCCAACUAUAAUAUCUGUUGAAAACACAGAAUCAGCUAUUCAUGAUAUACCUUUUCCGUCAAUUAAUAUUUGCCCAUCAGACCAAAUGCGAAAAUGGGUUUGGGAGAAACAUAUGAACACGAACACCUCCUAUUGGGAAUAUCUUCAACAAUAUCGGAAAAUAUUAUGUUCCGUUGAUGGUAAUUAUGAUGUUUCACAAAAUUUUUCAACAAAUUAUUUUGAUAAAAAUUCAGUUGCAAAGUUGAUUAAUAAUUGUGCGAUUAGCUGUCAAGAAGUAUUUCAAUCGGAUGCUAAAUGGGAAAAUCUAACCGUUUCAAAUUUUUGCCAGUAUAUUCAACCAAAAAUAAGCGUACUUGGAUUAUGUUUUUCAAUUAACAUGUUACCAUCAUUUCAAAUUUUCAAAAAUGAAUAUAAUCAAAGGUAUUUGGAUUUCUUUUCAAAAAACAAUUCGUUUAUUUUUACUGAGAGAUCAAAUUGGAACUUAGAUGACGGAUAUCCACGAAAUUCAGAAAAUGAUCUACUUGUCAACAUAAAUCCUGCUAGAACCAGUGGUGUUAGUUAUUAUCAUCGUUUCAGAUUGAUGAUUAACAUGUUGGACCAAGAAUUUUUGAGUUGCUCAUCUGAAAAUUUUUUUUUUAUUACAUUGGGUAACCCAGCUGAGUACUUUUUGCCUGAUCCUCGAUCAUUUAUCGCACCAGACACAUACACUAAAAUACAAAUCACUCCGUUUGUGAAAAAAAUGAAUUCAGAUUUAAAGUGGCGUUCUCCGGAAGUCAGGAAAUGCUAUUUGCACAACGAGAGAAAAUUAUCCAUAUUUGAACAGUAUACACAGAUGAAUUGUAAUUAUGAAUGUGUUUUCAAUGAAACUUUUACAAUAUGCGGUUGUGUUUCCUUCGAAAUGGCUUUUUUGGUGCCAUCCGGUGUAAACAUUUGUGGUCUGGCAAAAAAAGACUGUAUGUUAAAAGUUCAACAAGCGUCAUAUCUACCGGAAAUGCAAUUAUUAUGUAAAUGUUUGCCAACAUGCUCUAUAGUCGAAUAUGAAAUAACAUAUGCGUCUCACUACGAUGAUUGGACUUAUAUGAAAACAACAAAUUUAGUAAAGAAUAAUUCUAGAGGAGCUACGAUUGAAUUUGUUUUCAAAAAACCCUAUUUCACAGCAUAUAUAUCUACAUCGUUUGUAGACUUAGACUCCCUAAUAAGUAAUGUUGGUGGAUUAAUAAGUUUAUGUCUAGGAUUAAAUUUAAUUAAUUUAUUUGAAAUAUUAUAUAUCAUAGUUAAAAUGGUCAGUAAUUACAUUGUACACAUGUUUGAUAAGUAAUAAGUGAUAAGA